CUUAUCACAACAUGGAGAAAGAAAAGAUUAACGUCCUUCUCUACGGUCUAGGAGCGAUCGGCUCCUUCUACGCCUUCAUCCUCCACCGCACCAACCGCGUCCGCCUAACAGUCGUCGCUCGAUCAAACUACGAAGCUGUCGUCAAGAAUGGCAUCUACAUCGACAGUGCCAACCAUGGCCAGCACCGCUUCCAUCCUGAUUUAGUCAUCAAAUCACCCGCUGAAGUAACUCAUCCAUAUCACUACAUCAUCUGCGCGAACAAGGCCAUCGAUCAAGACGCCGUAGCCGCGCAAUUGGCCCCUGCCGUGGACGAGAACACCACAUUCGUGAUCAUCCAGAACGGAGUGGGGAAUGAGGAGCCCUUCCGACGAGCAUUUCCGGCUUGCUCGAUUCUUACCUGCGUGACCUGGGUAGGCGCAACGCAGACCUCACCCGGCGUGAUCACGCACAUCAAAUCCGAGGAUCUGCAGAUUGGGCUGUUCCCGAAUCCUUCUGUUGAAGCCUCAGUUGAGAACUCCCGUCUAGAAGAGUUCACGUCCUUCCUGGCGGCCGGGGCGACGAAGUUCCAGGUUGUGGAGGAUAUGCAGCUCCCCCGGUGGGAGAAGGUCGUUUGGAAUGCAGCGUGGAAUUCGAUUACUGCGCUGACGAUGGUUGAUACGCAGACGUGGUUGGCUUCGUCUGUGGAUGCGACGCCGUUGACGAGGCGUCUGAUGGGGGAGGUUAUUGCUGUGGCGAGGGGAUGUGGCGUUAACCUUGACGAAGGGCUAGUGGAUAGGCUGAUCGAUAAGAUUAAUGCGUUGCCCGGGGUUGAGACUAGUAUGCAGGUUGACUGUAGGAAUGGGCGGCCGAUGGAGAUUGAGGUUAUACUGGGGGUUCCGUUGCGGAGGGCAAAGGAGUUGGGGAUUGAUACGCCGGUUUUGGAGACGUUGACGUGUUUGCUGCGGGCUGUGGACGGGCGGUUUCGUUGAUCUUGUGCAGCAGAGAGCGGACUGGGCCGAGGGCACCGAGUUUGGGUUCAUCGUGCAGCAUCAGAAUAUCCAGGUGGGGUAUUUCGCUGUUUCCGCAGGUUGAUCCGGUACAGGGAGAUUUUGUUUUUUUCAGAGCCGCAUAGAGUCAUUUGGGUAUGCAGGUGUGUGCCAAUAGCCGGCUUUUGGCUUUGGAUGCUGGGGCUGAGUUGGUCAAGGCCUUUUGCGAGACGGUAGAAAUGUUUGCCAUUAAUCUGGAUAUGGUCCUGCCUCAGGCCCCUCUGGUCUUAGUGUCUUUCUUAUCUAGAUUGUUUGCUAGCC